CAGAGAGGUGGCAGGCGGGCCGGAGGGCCAGCACGGGCUCCCUAGUGCUGGGGAAGGCCCUAAGCUUCAGGGGCCAGAUCCAGGCAACCCAAGGGUCCCCGGGCCUUCAGUUCCCCACCCCUGCUGUAGAGAUACACCAUAUGCUGUAAUGGAGCCCUGCUUUCAGUCACAGCUGCUACACACUAAUGCAAAAUUAAUAGUAUUGUUUCAAUAAUCCACUCCAGGGUUUAGUGGCGCAUGAGCUCCACUGUAUAAAACUACAGCGGGGCCUUGAAAUUGCGCUUCUGGGGUAGGGACCAUCUUUCUGACUGUCUGGAAAAAGCCUAGCCCAAGGCAGGCAUUAGCCUUCCAUAAAAACGGUUCUGAUGAUAUACCCGUUUUAGGAUGAAGAACUAGAAAACGAAUGCACAAUUAUAGCCGGCGAUAUCGUUAUCAGUUUCAAAGUCGUGAUGGUUUCUGAUUAUUGAGCCCUGGUGAUCUCACAUCUGCAGAAAAGCUUUCUCCCUCUAGAAAAGCAAACUGGUUUCAUCUGCAAAUCCCCCUGGACGUGCGGGAUCUGUGAAAAAGCCGCUCCUAAGAACAGCCAGAGCUGCAUCUUGUGGGCGAAUGCUGUCGGCUGAGUGGAGGUGCUGUCUGGCUUACCGGCAGGAAUCUCACAGCUCCCCUUCUGCUCGAAUCACACGCAGGCUGGAAGGGGUGGAGGGAGACUGGAAACGCAAUGAUUCAUCUGACUCGGAUCAUCUCGGUUCCCUUUUCUGCACAGAGCAAGAGCCGGCCUCUCCCGGUGGUAGGAAAAGACACAGUGCACUGUUCGUAAGGAUCCUCCGGCUGCAGAUUUUGCCUCAAAUGCAGAACUGAAAGACGCUUCUCCAUCACCGAGAUCAUUCAAGUACCGAGGGUCAUAUGCAUCUUGGGUCCUGUUCCUUUGCUUUUCUGAACCGUUCUUCUCCAAAGGGAGUUGUCGUCCUGUUUGGACGAUGUUUUCCCAGACGUAUCUAAGAUUUCUUUGCUCCAGCUUCUGUCUGUGGGCUUAUGCGUUCGUGUCCUUGCUUAAAGGUUGCUCAGCAUGUGAACCAGAAGAACGAUUAUUUCAGAAACUUUUCACCAAUUACAACCACUUCAUCAGGCCGGUGGAAAAUGUAUCGGAUCCUGUGACAGUCUAUUUUGAAGUGGCAAUUACACAGCUUGCAAAUGUGAUUUGGAAUGACUAUAAAUUGCGAUGGAAUCCGACGGAAUACGACGGAAUUGAAUUUGUCCGGGUGCCAGCAGAUAAAAUUUGGAAACCAGACAUUGUCUUGUAUAACAAUGCGGUGGGGGAUUUUCAAGUCGAAAGCAAGACCAAAGCUCUUCUUAAAUCUGAUGGGAUGAUCACUUGGACUCCACCUGCUAUUUUUAAAAGCUCUUGUCCCAUGGAUAUCACCUUUUUCCCCUUUGAUCACCAGAACUGUUCACUGAAAUUUGGGUCCUGGACAUAUGACAAAGCCAAAAUUGACCUUCUGAUUAUUGGCUCCAAAGUAGACAUGAAUGACCUUUGGGAAAACAACGAAUGGGAAAUAGUUGAUGCUUCGGGCUACAAACAUGAUAUAAAAUAUAACUGCUGUGAAGAGAUCUAUACCGAUAUUACAUACUCCUUCUAUAUCCGACGGCUCCCCAUGUUUUACACCAUUAAUCUGAUCAUCCCCUGUCUCUUCAUCUCAUUCCUAACGUUGUUAGUCUUCUAUCUUCCAUCCGACUGCGGUGAGAAGGUGACCCUGUGCAUCUCCGUGCUGCUUUCGCUGACUGUAUUUUUGUUGGUGAUCACAGAGAUCAUCCCGUCCACCUCGCUGGUAAUUCCGCUGGUUGGUGAAUACCUGCUCUUCACCAUGAUAUUUGUCACCCUAUCGAUUGUCGUCACGGUGUUUGUGCUCAACAUUCAUUACCGGACCCCCACCACCCACACCAUGCCCGAAUGGGUAAAAAGCGUCUUUCUCAAGCUCCUGCCCAAAGUCCUGAUGAUGACCAGGCCGGUAGAGCAGCAGAAGGAAGCCGGCUCUAAAAAGAGUAAGAAAGGGUUGGCCAGUAAAGCUGACAAGAUGAAGCAACACAGAGACGUGAAAUUAUACAGUGAGCAGCGAUGCUGCUGCUGUGCAAAGGUGAAUGAACUUGCCAUGGGCAAGCGAAGCUUCAGCCAUCAGCCCGUGAAAUGGGAGACGGAGCACGUUGAGUACUGCCUUGAAGUCAGAGAGGUCAUUAGCAAUGUUCAGUUCAUCGCUGAAAACAUGAGGAGCCAAAACGAAACUAAAGAGGUGGAAGAUGACUGGAAAUACGUGGCGAUGGUGAUAGACCGGGUCUUUCUUUGGGUGUUCAUUGUUAUCUGUGUGUUUGGGACAGCAGGGUUGUUUCUGCAACCACUAAUAGCAGACACAUAAUCCCGCCAAGGUGGGUUUGUUUUUGUUUUGUCUGAUUCCCUACUGUUUUGGAGAUCUGUACAUCCCCUCCACUUUCUCUCGUGACACUUGGCCAAUCCGCAAAGGGCCCAUCUGCAAAAGGGGUGCUGUUAAGGCGAUGCUCCCUCCGGCUAAGAGGGGAGAGCGUGGCUUCCUCUUCCGACUGUCAAAGUUCCAUCAACAGGCGAAGACGGCUAGCAAAGGGAGAGAGAAGGCAUUCCCUCCUGUGGUCAAUUUCAGACUGUUGCAUAUCGUUGUCGAGUGCCCACUGCCCGCCUUCAGCGGCGGCCUGCCGGCUCUACACCUGGCUGAUUACACCCUUAAAUGGUUGGGCACCUUGUGCAUAUGCCGGUGAUCCCUUUGGGGGAUCUCUGUGGCAAUUCCUGCUUCUUAUUUUCUAGGGGGAGAUGUUCAAAAGCUCUUAAGUGUUGGACUAACUUUGCUUCUUUUGGAGUCAAUGGUAACCAUUGACAUCAAUUGGGGCAAAGCUAGAAGAGUAGGAAUUUUGCCAGUGCCUUUGCUGACGUCAAUUAGGCCAGCUUGGGAAAUCCCACACCUAAUGUAUUUUAGCUCUUCUAGUCACACGUGCACCCUCAACAUUGUAAGUGCUUUUUUGCUCUCUUCAUACCCACUUAGUAUUCUUCACUGCAGAGCUUGGAUUAUGCAUGACGGUCACGCUGGAUGCGUCCAUGCCGGUUGUUGUAUUCUUACAACGAAGCCAUCAACUUGAAUACUUUAAAAACCAAACUAUGACACUCCUGCCAAGACACGUGGACUUGACUUGUUGCACAGCAGAUGGUCUGACUGAAGUCAAUGGACCUAUUUACAGUGGAUAAAGUUAAAUGAGUGAACAUAAGAACGGCCAUACUGGGUCAGACCAAAGGUCCAUCUAGCCCAGUAUCCUGUCUGCUGACUGUGGCCAGCACCAGGUGCCCCAGAG